AUGCAGCACAUGCAUGUGCUGUACUGCCACGACAAGACAAGCACCGUCCGGAUUGAGUCUCUGACGCCGGAAGCAGACAUAGCAGAAGCCGAGCGAAAGCAAGACUGUGUGAUGUUGUAUGACCACCCCAGCGGCCUGGUUAAACCGGUGCCGGUCACGCAAUUAGUCAAGAACCGCACGCCGUACAGGGAGCGAGGUUGGUGUGCUGCGGAGAGGGAGUGGUCUAGCACUCGAACAGCCACCAACCUUUCGCAUGAGGUAGAUGCGCCGGAAGGCGAGAAAGGGGGAAUCGCCCCUAUGUUGCCGGAGGCAUUUCGAAAGGAUGUCGCGGGCCGGCUUAAAUUCACGCAUGUAGAUGAUGUAGAGACCGUCUGCAGAUUGCAAGCGGAAGUGUACAAAGAGAAGGCACAGGUGUGCAAGAGCUUACGGCUCGUAGAUUUGGGUGCAGAUGCACUCGGCAUCGCCCUGUCGGCUCUGCAGCACUACCCGGUGCUGCAGAGCCUUGAGAUCGUCCACUGCGAGCUCAGCCCCAAGCUCCCGCUGUUGCUGAAGGUCGUGGAGGAGAAGAAGCUCCGGCAGCUCCAUCUGCAGCACAACGAGCUCUUGGAGGAGGGCACCCGCCAGGUCAUUGAGGCCUUGGCUUUGCAGCCCAAUGGGAUGCUUGCGGCGCUCAGCCUCAGACACGACCGCAUCGGGGCCGCUGGUGUCAAGGCUUUGGCUGAGGCUCUGCGGACGAACAGCGCUUUGGUCGAGCUGAACCUGAGCCACGUCUGCUUGGAGAGCGAUGGGGUCAGAGCUCUCGCAGAGGCAAUCAUGCAGAACCAGACCCUGAAGCAGCUGAGUUUUGCGGGAACCAAAAUCGCGGAUGAAGGCGCUUUCGCCCUUCUUGAGGCCCUUCGGUUGAGUGGGGUCGAAGCGCAGCUCGAUCUGAACGACAGCGAUUUGGGAAAUGCGGCCGCCGUGACAUUGGCCAGGGCCUGGCGGGCCCGCGAGGUGAGGGGCACCCUCACACACCCAGUGGUGGAGUUCCUGUGCAUGUUGCAGGACCAAAACCUCAAAGCGCUGGCCGAUGAGCAAAAGCUCGAGCUCGACCUCCGUCGCUGCGGCCAGAGGUUCCAGGAGCUGUUCGCACCGCUCUGCCGUGCCUUGCGGGAGCUCCGGCUGCGAGUGCUGCGCCUCGACUUUGGCGGCAUCGGCAUCGGCGCUGGCGAGGCCCAGACCCUGGCCGCGGGCCUCGGCAAACAAAAGGAGCUUCAGGUGCUGGAGUUGGGCUUGUACAACAACUCCCUGGGUCGCGAGGGCGCGGAAGCCGUGGCCUCCGCCCUCGCCUCACUCACGCAGCUGCAGAAGCUCGAGCUGCAAUUGCACAAGAACGAGAUCGGCCCUGCAGGUGCUGCCGCCGUGGUCAGAAGCCUGCAGAAACUGCAGCAGCUCACAGGGCUCGAGGUUGAUCUGUCUCGCAACGAGCUCGGCGAGAAGGCGAAGGAUAAGCUCCGGGCCACCUUCGACUCGCUGCCGGCGGUCGAGAAGGAGAUCAUCCUUUGUGAUGCAGGUGCCACAGCCGUGUCUGAUAGCCGGCAGAACCUGCAUCAGCUCAGAGAGCUCGCGGUUUGGCUGCUUGACAGCGAGCUCGGCGAGAAGAAGAAGAAGAAGCUCGGGGCCGCCUUCCAUGCGUUGCCUGUGGGCUGGAAGGAGAUCCACUUUUUGUGA